GUGAUCACGCUCCUCUUCUAGCGACCUGAUGCCCUUAGCUGCAGCGGCUUUCCACUCUACGACCAAGCAGUCCGUUGGGCACACCACUCCUGGCAAGCAAUGCAUAUGUCAGUACGUUCUAGUCCAGGGACCCGAAGACGAGAGUAGUCUUUCCCGACAACACGAAUCUACUGGCUGCCUCCAAAUCGGUGUAUUUGAAGGAUGAAGGGUGGUGCGACUCUGUCGACAUGGAGUUUUACCGAGCGUUCAAGCGUGCGCUUCUCGGCAAUAUUCCAGUGGAUCGUCUUUCAUCUGCCUACGAAAUGGGCCUUUACAUGCGCGACACAGCCUACAAGGACAAGGUCAUCAAAGAAGCUUUGGCGACUCUGCGUGCUAUACUUAAUAGGACCAUCGACGAUUCUCUUACUCGCUCCUACAUGUGGCAAUUAUGCGAAGCCGUGCUGCGUGACUUAGAGUCCAGCAGGCGUAUCUGGCCGUUUGCUGCCCUCUUGGUAACCUCACAGCCUGAGGACGUCCGCGAGCGCUCUGGCACCUUCAACACGCUGUCUAAGUGGCGCUGGAUGGCGUUCUGCGUCCAGUUCGACGAAGACCGCGAGCGCAACGGCGAGGAGUUGCGAGCGAAUCUCAGAGCCGGCCACCGUUGUCGCUUUCACGACCACAUGCUCCCCGAAACGUGUUACCUGAGGUCUGCACCACAGCCGCUUCCACAAGCACUUUUGUUGACUGAGCCGGACUCAGUUGUCUAUAGUCCAGCGUGGGGUAUCCCGGCAGGCGUUCAGGGUGAGAAGCUUGACCUCACUGACUUCACCGACACAGUGGAGGACGAGCGCUUCAACUGCAAGGCUGGGGAACUUUGUGAUCGAUGAAAGCUUCGCUUGGGCUAAGCUGUCUUUGAAUGUCUUGCAGCCUUCAACGCACCGAAUUAUAAUAUGCAUGAGAUAUGAAGGACGACGCUGUCGGCAUUGUUAACGGGCGCAUCGAGACUGACGUUAUGAAGUAUAUACACUAUCUGCGUCUGCAACAUCGCUUUGUAAACCAACGUCAUCUGCACUCAGUCUUCUUGCGCCAAGCCAGUCAUAAUGAAGUACGCAGGAGGUAGUAGGUCGUGA